AUUUAAUGCCGCUGCACUUGUGAACGGGCGCCGACCGAGUAAAACUGAAUUGUAAAUGCGGACCGCGAACGAUACCACACUCAAUAACUAAACGCUACCGGGCCGCAAAUAAUGCAAACAACUAGAGUGCACUUUUAUUGACCGGUUGAUCGGCGACAUUGCAGUUGCAAUUGCAAUACGAUUUACCACAAAUGCGCUUGGUCGCUCGAUGUCCAAAGUUCUACAAGAAUAUCAAGAGAAGAUACCGACUGUGCGUGUGGGAAAAUGUAAACAAACGAGUUAAAUAAAUAGCAAAAAAAACUACCUAGGGAAAUAUCGAAAAAGCGCAGCGUUAUUGUUGUGCCGGCUGAAUAACUGUUAGUGUGUCGGUGUGCGUUUUCGUGAGUUUGUGUGUGUGAGCAGACAACAAAAGAAAUUGCGCUCGCUCUGCUUCUUCCUCUUAGUCCUCCCUUUCGCGUAGUUACCGUUACUUUCUGCACUGCCAAAAUUGCAACAAAACAAAAAGGAUAGAGAUAAAUAAAUAAACUGACGAAUUUUGAAUAGCAUACAUAUAUUUAUAGAGGUUCUGCCAAAAGUAAAGUCAAUUAUAUAGUCGGGUAGUCAAACAACAAAGAUGGCCUUGAUAAGACUGGCAAGACAACUGGGCCUCAUCGAUACUAUAUACGUGGACGGAGCUCGCCCAGAUCCAGCCAACGAUCCCGAGGAGUCGCUCAACGAGGACGAAAUCACAGCAGCCAACACAGUGCCCCUUAAAAGCAAGAAGUCCAGGAAGUCAAAGCAACUGGCCAUGCAGCCCUACACGUAUGUGAUUGCCGUGGACUUUGAGGCCACUUGCUGGGAGAAGCAGGCGCCCCCGCAGUGGCGAGAAGCGGAGAUUAUUGAAUUCCCAGCCGUGCUGGUCAACCUGAAGACGGGCAAGAUCGAGGCGGAGUUCCACCAGUACAUACUGCCCAUCGAGUCGCCACGCUUGAGUAGCUACUGCACGGAGCUGACGGGCAUCCAGCAGAAGACUGUGGACAGCGGAGUGCCGCUGCAGACGGCACUGAUGAUGUUCCACGAGUGGCUGCGCAAGGAGCUGCGAGCCCGCAACCUCACGUUGCCGAAGAUGAGCAAGUCGAACAUACUGGGCAACUGCGCCUUCGUCACCUGGACGGACUGGGACUUUGGCAUCUGCUUGGCGAAGGAGUGCACCCGCAAGCGGAUGAGGAAGGCGGCCUACUUCAACCAGUGGAUCGAUGUGCGGGCCAUCUAUCGGUCGUGGUACAAGUACCGCCCGUGCAACUUCAGCGACGCCCUGUCGCACGUGGGACUGGCCUUCGAGGGCAGGGCCCACUCGGGGAUCGACGAUGCCAAGAACCUGGGCGCCCUCAUGUGCAAGAUGGUGCGCGACGGAGCUCUGUUCUCGAUCACCAAAGAUCUGACGCCAUAUCAGCAGCUCAAUCCCAACUGCGUGUUGUGAGUUCCAGCGGCCAGCAAAUCCCUCCAAAACGAAAAGAGAUGAAACGGAACGCAGAAUAUCCAUUUAGUUACUGGAUUUUAUUUAAUUAUGAAUACGAAACGCAAAGAUUGAGAUGAUGUGUAAAGCGACAGCUAGAGAUAUUGCAUGAAAUUUAAAAUUGUCUUUUUUUUUUUUUUUUUGGUAUUUGCCCAUAAUUUUUUGUAACGGCAAUUGAUAAGACUUGAACAAUUCGAAGCAUCGCAGCGAUCAUACAUACAUAUAAUAUAUAAUAUAUAGAUAGCUAUAAAUAUGGCCUUAGAGCAUACAUAUUUUUCUACCAUUCAUACUUACUUGAUAAUGCUUAGUUGUAGUCUAUAAUACGGAAUGCAAUACUUAUUUUAACGACUUACACCGCCUAAACUUUAGGAGAUAAUUAAUAAAACGACAAUAGCUACAUAUAAAUAUGUGCUGUCAAUUGCGAUAUCCAGAAAA